AUAGUGAAACCCAGAUCUCUGAGCUUAGGGGAUGCCACGGGUGCUUGGUGUGCGCUGGCAACAACUGGGUUUGUUUGUGGGCCUCUAUUGGUUGGCGAGGUGGGGGAAAUCUACUUUCAUCCAUCACGCGAUUCACAGCCGAGCCAUAGAAUUUCGAAGAAUGCUUCUCCCCGCGGGCUGGACCUGAUGGAAGCAAAACUUUUCGAAGGCAUUCGUGUAGGGCUGCGAAAGGAAUCAAACAGCCAUAAGCAACAAUUUUCCGCAGCUGCCCCUGUGCGACGAAACAAAAUCUAGCCCUUUUCAGUGCGCACCGCGUUGAUGCUUUGCAAAGGCUGGAUGCUUCUCGCAGACGCAGGUCAACUCACCUCGCCAAAAUCGCCGCCAUCUUCGGUCGAGCGACUCGCUUCCCAACAGAACUUCUGGUUUAUCUGGGCUCUACGAUAGUUAGUGCUGCUGAGCUUUCUUACUAAUUAGGUGUUUUGGUGUAUCCCACUUCUGCCCCACCUUUCUUUCGUUGGGUGAUCCUGGACGUUUGUUUACGCCCUUACGUAGCUGGACCACUCCUUCUUACAAUGGCUGCCACCGCCGAGAGCGGGGUGUCAGAGCAGAUCCAGCGAGCCCUGGACGCGCUGCGAGCCGGGCAAUGCGUCGCGAUUCUGGACGACGAGAGCCGCGAGGCGGAGACGGAUCUCUUCUUCCCCGCGUCCGCUAUCCAACCCGCGGACUUGCGCCGCCUGCGCGUCGACGCCGGCGGCGAGCUGUACAUAGCCGUAGGCCACGAGGUCGCGGAGACGUUCGGGAUACCCUACAUUUCCGCCGCCCUAGAAGCCGCUGUCCUCCCGAAAGCUCCACUUACGGAACCAGAUACCGGAUCCGCGAGUUGUAAUGGCGUUAGCGGAAAGAGUGAUAAGGGGUACCCGGUGUUGAAAUACCUAGGGAAGGGGGUGGACGGCAUGUGCCAGGGCUCCUGCUCCGUGGGCUUAUCUCUGGACCACCGCUCCACGCACACGGGCGCGCCGGACUCGGAGCGCAGCCUCACGUGCCGGCGACUGGCGCUGCUGUGGGAGGAGAUCCGCGGGGAGCGCGCGGAGUCUUCCGUGGAAGCGGGGAAGGCGGAAGGGGAGGGGGAAGCGGAGCGGGAGGACGCAAUGCGGCGGCUGGGGAAGGAGUUCCACACGCCCGGGCACAUCUUCCUGUGCAUCGAGAACCCCCGGGGACUCCGCACAAGGCAAGGGCACACGGAGCUCUCGGUGGCCCUGGCGAAACUCGCCGGGAUCACGCCCGUCAUGGUUGGCUGUGUCAUGCUGAGCAACAGCGGUGAUGACUACGGUGCUCUCCCUGCUGCUUCUGCCCGCCAAUGGGCAGCUGCCAACUCAGUUCCCUGCCUUACAGGCCCUGAUGUGAUCAAGGCCGUUCUGGGGCAAGACGCACCCUUGGUCAGCUAGACAGUGUUUUUUCCUUGAGAUUGAGAUGCCGGCGGUGCCGAGUUGGAUGCUUGGAGUGGAAAGCACCAGGAUCCUUAUUAUCACGUGCUGGUGGCCUCCACGUGUCUGAUGCUGACAGUGCACAGGCAUUGUUUUUUCUGUCGUCAUAGGUGUUGGCUUUGCAUAGAUUACGCAUCCCCUUCACAUCAGCUAGUCAGGAAACACCUCGAUGGAAUCCAGCAUUACCAUAGAAGGGGUUAAAUACAUUUUAGAUAGUGUAUGUGUAUUACCAUAUGGUACUUCAUUGUGGGAUAUGCUUAGGAGGCGUUGAUUAUAUUAUGUAUAAUUCUUG